CUUCAGCUCCUGCCGCUCCCUAGUGGUCCCACUUCUGCGGCCGCCGCCUUCUUCCCCCAUGAUGGAGAGUGUUGGCGUGUACGGAUUCUGUGGGUGUAAAGCAAAGAACAAAAUGAAGCGUGAUUCAAAGUGGGAAAUAAGCGCUUCAGAAACGGCUCCCACAUCUGCAUAUUCAUCUCCAGCACGGAGUCUUGGGGACACAGGAAUAACGCCUCUGUCCCCUUCCCACAUUGUGAACGACGCUGACCCUGACGUCUCGGAGCAGCAGUCAUUUCUCGUGGUGGUGGCCAUCGACUUUGGGACCACGUCUAGUGGCUAUGCCUACAGCUUCACCAAGGAGCCGGAAUGUAUCCAUGUGAUGAGGCGAUGGGAGGGAGGCGACCCCGGCGUGUCCAACCAGAAGACUCCGACCACCAUCUUGCUGACUCCCGAGAGGAAGUUCCACAGCUUCGGGUAUGCCGCCAGGGACUUUUACCACGACCUGGACCCCAACGAGGCCAAACAGUGGCUGUACCUGGAGAAGUUCAAGAUGAAGCUGCACACCACCGGGGACCUCACCAUGGAUACAGACCUAACAGCAGCAAACGGCAAGAAAGUCAAAGCCCUGGAAAUCUUUGCUUAUGCCCUGCAGUACUUUAAGGAGCAGGCGCUGAAGGAGCUGAGUGACCAGGCAGGUUCAGAGUUCGAGAACUCGGAUGUCAGAUGGGUCAUCACGGUGCCCGCCAUCUGGAAGCAGCCCGCCAAGCAGUUCAUGAGACAAGCUGCCUACCAGGCAGGCCUGGCUUCCCCCGAGAACUCGGAGCAGCUCAUCAUUGCCCUGGAGCCCGAGGCGGCCUCCAUCUACUGCCGGAAGCUGCGGCUGCACCAGAUGAUUGAGCUGAGCAGCAAGGCGGCCGUCAAUGGGUACAGCGGCAGGGACACAGUAGGAGCUGGGUUUGCACAGGCUAAGGAACACAUACGGCGUAAUCGGCAGAGUCGGACCUUUUUGGUGGAGAAUGUCAUAGGAGAAAUCUGGUCCGAGCUGGAGGAAGGUGACAAGUAUGUGGUUGUGGACAGUGGCGGUGGCACCGUAGACCUGACAGUCCAUCAGAUACGGUUACCAGAAGGCCACCUGAAGGAACUGUAUAAAGCAACAGGUGGACCCUAUGGAUCCUUAGGAGUAGAUUAUGAAUUUGAAAAACUUCUGUGUAAAAUAUUUGGAGAGGAUUUUAUUGAACAGUUCAAAAUCAAACGGCCUGCAGCCUGGGUUGACCUAAUGAUAGCAUUUGAGUCUCGAAAAAGAGCAGCUGCUCCAGACCGAACUAACCCGCUGAACAUCACCCUGCCCUUUUCGUUCAUUGACUACUACAAGAAGUUCCGUGGGCACAGCGUGGAACACGCCCUGAGGAAAAGCAAUGUGGAUUUUGUGAAGUGGUCCUCACAGGGAAUGCUGAGGAUGAGUCCAGACGCCAUGAACGCCCUUUUUAAGCCCACCAUCGACAGCAUCAUUGAGCAUCUCCGGGACCUGUUUCAGAAGCCCGAGGUGUCUACUGUCAAGUUCCUCUUCCUCGUGGGUGGCUUUGCGGAGGCGCCCCUCCUGCAGCAGGCUGUGCAGGCUGCCUUCGGGGACAAGUGCCGGAUCAUCAUCCCCCAGGAUGUGGGCCUCACCAUCCUCAAGGGUGCCGUCCUCUUCGGCCUGGACCCCGCCGUCAUCAAGGUGCGCCGGUCCCCACUCACCUAUGGGGUGGGUGUGCUGAACCGCUACGUGGAGGGCAAACACCCGCCUGAGAAGCUGCUGGUGAAGGAUGGCACUCGCUGGUGCACCGAUGUCUUUGACAAGUUCAUCUCUGCUGACCAGUCAGUGGCCCUGGGGGAGCUGGUGAAGCGUAGCUAUACCCCGGCGAAGCCCUCCCAGUUGGUCAUUGUCAUCAACAUCUAUAGCUCUGAGCAUGACGACGUCAGCUUCAUCACUGACCCCGGAGUGAAGAAGUGUGGCACGCUGCGCCUGGAUCUCACAGGGACCAGUGGCACAGGGGUGCCCGCCCGGAGGGAGAUCCAGACCCUUAUGCAGUUCGGGGACACUGAGAUCAAGGCCACGGCUGUCGAUAUAGCCACCUCCAAGAGUGUCAAAGUGGGAAUCGACUUCUUAAAUUACUAACUGCCACUUCCCAUUACCUGCCCCCUUGGACUGGACUUAUCUGCAUCUGCUGACCUCAACCUUGACUGUUUUUUCCCUGACCUUGACCCUGGCCAUUGCCCACCUGAAUUUUAGCAGGGAAGAUGAGAACA